UCGGAAUUCCUAGCGUACUUUACAGGAUCAUUUUUUACUAUAAAAAGCUGCAAAUCCUCGCCAAUUUACAUCACAGCAAAAUCGAAAAUGAACCAAAAAGCAUAUUCGAUUUUGUUCUGUGCCCUUUUGGCCAGUACCUUCUACCACGAAAUAAAAGCAAAAGGCGUGGUACCACAUCACCAUGGCAUUUCAAAGGCAAAAGACCGAUUAUUGCCAUCUGUUGAGACAUGCAGCAUCCAAUGCACAUUCAAUAACACCGGUCUGGAAGUUAUCGUCAACGUCAACACCAGUAUUAUAAUCGUUGUGAAUACUACAAGCAAUAAUGCCAUAGGCAUUGAUUUUAAGGCAAAUAUAGUAGCUAUCUUAAAUGGAAACAACGGACAAGCACUUUUCAUUAAUCUGAUUACCAAAGCAUAUAUCUGGUUCGACGGUAGUGCAGGAGUAACUGCAUGGUUAAAGAGCAGCGUUUCCCUCGAAGUAUAUAUCCAAAAAUCCUUCAGCGUCGCUUUCCAGUCUUCAGUUGGUGUCAAAGGAAACCUAUCAACUAUAACUAGCGCCAUUCUGGAGCUAGUAUUUGUUAUCAUAGUAUCAGUUGAAGGGGCAAGUAUUGGCUCUAACGCAACGGACGCAUUAAAUGCUGUCAUCGCUGCAUCCGUUCAAAUAGUUGCAUAUUUAUCAGGAUCUGGAGUACUGAGUGGUAUAUUAGUGCUCUUUGCCUCAGGAGCAAUAUCCGUAGGAGGAGGAAUUGUAUUUAUAGCAUACGUAUUUGUCGGUAUCGCCAAGGUAGUCAGCGUUAUCGGAGGUGGUAUCCAAGUGUUGAUCAGCAAAAGCAUAAGCUUGAACUUCGAAGUCCUUUUCUCCCAAGCCAGCGGCAUUGUUAAAUUUGUGCAAAUUGUUUUAAGCCUCUCUGCUGUAGUGUCUGUUACUGCACUACAAAGUAUUACAGUCAGACAGUUCUUAGAGAUCAUAGUAGCCCUUGGUGGAUUCAGUUCCAGCGGUACAAACGGUGUCUUUUUGAUCUUGUACCUAUACGUCAAUGUUACCCAAGACAAUCUUGCUGUAUUCAUAGUGUGGCUAUUAAGAUUCUCUGCCUCAAAAUCAGUAGCCAUAUCACUUGAAUCUGAUUUGGCAAUAUUCGUCGAACUGCAGUCCAGAGUUAAUAUUAGUUCUGCCAUAAGUACCUUCGUUUCAUCUGUAUCUAAUAGCAGUUCAAUAUCUAUUGAUGGUACAGUAUAUAAGAAUAUAGUUUCCAUCUUAACUGCACAAUCAGGUUUAAGUCUCAUUGUGCAAGUUGUGGCUGCCGUAGCAGCUUCACUCUCAAUUGCAGUGGUUACUUUGUUGAUCAGGUUACUUAUUGUACUGUUGGUGCUGCUCACAACACAAGCAGGAGUUAAUUUAUUGAUCGCUGCUGGCAUUACCGGAAUCGCCGUAAUAAACAUUGGAGCUUUCUCAAUUUUCACAAUAGUCGCGUGGAUAAGUCAAGGUGUCUCAGUGUUGUUAAAAAAUAUCGUAGGAGGUCUGUUCACUGCUUUUACAGCAGCGCUAGCCAUCGUCGAAGUUUCAGUCACCACAUUCUUACUUCAAGCUACUCCCCUUAUCCUGGCGUUCUUCAAAUUCUUGACAAACUCAUCGCUCAUUGUUGCUUCGCAAUCUGACGUUAGCAUUGUGUCUGGUAUCAGUGCAAGCGUUAACAGCAGCUUCUCCUUCAGUUUUUCAUCAAACUUCAGCUCCAACUCUAGUAUAUCCGUUGGCUAAAAGGGCACAGAGAAGGUACAAGAUUAUAAAUAUAAUGUAAUCAUUAGUUUAUUUUAUUUUGUGGUAAAGGAAACAAGAAAUAAAUGGUAUGCACAACAAAAUAA